AUGAGUGCACGCGCAACAUACACCAAAGACCAAAUAACAAAGUACUUUGACCGCCUGGGGUUAUCCGAAGCAAAGAGAAAGUAUGACGUGGCUGGUCUGGGCCCCAACGACGCAUUCGAGUAUCUUGCACUACUCCAGAAGCUGCAGCUAGCAGCGGUACCCUUUGAGAAUAUAACUCUGCAUUAUUCGGCCCAUCAUUCGGUGUCUGUCCACCCCGAGGAACUCUUCAGAAAGGUCAUCGGCGAUGACAAUGGACGUGGUGGGUAUUGCAUGGAGAACAACAGGCUGUUUGGCACGCUGUUGAACUCGCUCGGGUUCAACUUGUAUUCGGGUGGCUGCAGGGUUUGGAACGGGGAUAGCUGGACGGGCUGGUCCCAUAUGGUAAAUUUUGUCACCAUUGGCGACAACAAAUACCAUGUUGAUGUUGGCUUCGGGGCUGACGGGCCUAUUGUCCCAAUGCCUCUUGAACGCUCGGGCACCGUCCAAAAGCACAUUCAGCCUGCGUCGGCCCGUCUCCAAUGGCGCAACAUCCCAGGAAACACUGACCCAAACCAACGCCUGUGGGUUUACGAAUACCGGAGGAAUGAUGAGAGCGACUGGGAAAUAAAGUAUUCUUACAGCGAGCUGGAAUUCCAGCCGCAGGACUAUGCAAUGAUGAACUACUUCACAUCUACUAGCCACCGGACUUUCUUCACGCAGAUGAUAGUGGCGGAUAAGAAGAUAAUGGGCGAUGACGGACAGCUGGUAGGAAAGCUAAGCCUGGCGGCUAAAUCUUUGAAAUGGAAUAUAAAAGGGAAGAAGACCAAGGAGAUUGAGUUCAAGAGCGAAGGGGAAAGGAUAGAGGCACUUGAAAAAUACUUUGGGAUCAAGUUUGGAGACGCGGAACGCGACGGUAUCGCAGGACUGCCAUCAGAGAUCAAGUAG